UGGUCUCCUUCCCUCGAGCGUCAGUCUUUUGUGGGUUUUGUGACAGUCGCCAUUUUGAUUGCUCGACUGAAAAGCGCGAGCUGUCCAGUUCGUUUUCAACAUAUUCCGGUCCUCGGUUAACAACCGUUUUUUUUUUUUUUUUUAAAAUAAUAAUAAUUACAUCGAGUCGUCGGGUAGCCCAAAAUGGCUACGGGCGCUAACGCCACUCCUUUAGGAAAGUUGCACCCCAGCAUCGGCGCGAAGCGAGGCUUCGACGCGGGGCCCGGCGCCGGCAACGGCAUGAUGCCCAGCCCGGGGCCUCCUGCGUCCUUUCCGCCGUUACAAGGGUUCCAACCGCCGAUGCCCUCUCCGGCUUUCGCACAGGCGCACCAGUUCAGCGCGCCGAGCGGGUUUUCGACGCAGCCUCCCCAGCAACUCCAGCAACCCGUCGGACAAGAUUUCAGCCAAAAGAAACAAAGGAAGAAGAGUCGUUGGAGUAGUGAGACACCCGACCAGAAGACGGUCAUACCGGGUAUGCCCACCGUCAUCCCCCCUGGUCUGACCCGCGACCAAGAGAGAGCCUAUAUAGUCCAACUGCAGAUCGAAGACCUGACACGUAAACUGCGUACAGGAGACCUGGGAAUCCCUGUUAACCCUGAGGACAGGUCUCCCUCGCCGGAGCCCAUCUACAACAGCGAGGGCAAGAGGCUGAACACCCGGGAAUAUCGCACGCGCAAGAAGAUCGAGGAAGAGCGCCACUCCCUCAUCACCGAAAUGGUCGGACUCAACCCCGACUUCAAACCGCCGGCUGAUUAUAAACCUCCGGCCACCAGAGUUAACGACAAAGUGAUGAUUCCUCAAGACGAAUACCCCGAGAUCAACUUUGUCGGUCUGCUUAUUGGACCGCGUGGUAACACGUUGAAGAACAUAGAGAAAGAAUGCUGCGCCAAAAUCAUGAUCCGCGGCAAAGGCUCGGUCAAGGAGGGCAAGGUGGGCAGAAAGGACGGCCAGAUGCUGCCCGGCGAGGACGAACCUCUGCACGCUCUGGUCACGGCGAACACGAUGGACAACGUCAAGAAAGCCGUGGAGCAGAUCCGCAACAUCCUCAAGCAAGGCAUCGAGACGCCCGAGGACCAGAACGACCUGCGCAAGAUGCAGCUGAGAGAGCUUGCCCGGCUCAAUGGAACGCUGAGGGAAGACGACAACAGGAUUCUGCGUCCUUGGCAGAACACCGAGCCCCGCAGCAUCACCAAUACCACCCUGUGUACCAAGUGCGGCGGAGCAGGCCACAUCUCCUCCGAUUGCAAGUAUACCAGCACCUUCGCCGCCCAAAGAGCAACGGGAGGCGAGCCCCCUCAGUCGGCGCAGGACAAGGCACGCAUGGAUAAGGAGUACCUGUCGCUUAUGGCUGAGCUGGGGGAGGCCCCGUUGCCUGCGUCCAGCGGGGGCCACGCCGGCCCGCAGGGAGGACCACCCCGAACCCCUGCGCCCAGCAACAGCCAAGCCCCGCCGAACCGCCCCCCUUGGAUGACUUCGGCUCAAAACGACAACAGGAGCUUCCACGGCAUGCACGGAGGAGGCCCUCACAGCUUCCCUCCCCCGAUGCCCAGCAUGGGAGGCCCGCCGAUGCCCCCGAACCCCAACGGCAUGCCUCCUCCGUGGAUGCAGCCUCCCCCUCCGCCCAUGGGCCAGGGCCCAGGACAUCACGGACACCCGAUGGGCAUGAUGCCACCCCCGAUGGGCAUGAUGCCCCCUCCGCCGCCUCCUCCCAACAGUCAGCCGCCGCCGCCUCCCCCUUCCGGUCCUCUGCCGCCGUGGCAACAGCAGGCUCCGCCUCCCCCCACGAGCAGCAUGGCAACGAGCACGCCGCUGCCGUGGCAACAAAAUACCCCCACCACAUCCAGUCCUGGCACCGGCGCUCUCCCUCCAUGGCAACAGCCGCAGCAGCCCGCAGUUUCGGCGCCCCAACCUCCGCCGCCGAUGGGUGCCCCCUCCAUGGUACCCCCUCCACCGGGAGUCCAGCCGCCCCUGCCCCCCGGCGCGCCCCCUCCUCCCCCGCCACCGCCCCCUGGCUCGGCCAGCAUGAUGUACGCCCCGCCGCCGCCCCCGCCGCCGAUGGACCCUUCCAACUUUGUCAUGAUGGGGAUGGGGGUGCCGGGCAUGCCGCCGUUCGGCAUGCCCCCGGCACCUCCGCCUCCCCCGCCUCAGAAUUAACAAGCCAAUGUGAAGACGAGCGCCCGCAUCACUUGCUAGACACUGAGGUCAUCUCCAGAUUGUCUGUCUGCUCACAAAUCUAACCCGGUGCGUGUUUGUAUGCCACCGGGCGCAAUCAGGGAAAUGUGGGAGGGGGGGGGGAAUUUAGUCAGUUUAAGUAUAAUGUCUGUCAAAGAAAUGCCACCCAGACAUUAUCAAUCCAAACUGCAGUUUUGUGUAUGAUCGGCAGAUGCCCGGUGGGAUACAUCUCGCAUUUCUAUUUUUUUUUUUUUUUCCACGUUUAUCCUCAACAAUGUAAAGAUAUGUCCACAAGAAUGAAUUCACUUUGUGUGAAUGGAAGAAUUCUUCUCUUUUUAACGUUUGUAUCGAUCCAAAGGCUCCACCCGUGCGCGUUCUCAAACACUUGCUCUCAGGCCUCGGUUCUGCAGCAGGAUGAAUUUGCUUUUGUUCAUUCAUUAAUAGUUUUGGUUUUAAAUAUAAAGAUAAACCUCUGUGAUUAAAUCUGAUCAUGUGCAUGAGCCAUUGCAAGAACAGGUUGCAUUUGAGUAGAAAAAGUCUGAUGUUGGGUUUGAGUUAAGUAAGAGUAAUAUUUUUGUAAUAAGUGUUUUUUUUUUUUUUAUUUUAUUCAUGCAUGUUAUUUCAAAUUCCAGUUUGAAUUGGGGCGGGAUUGGUGCUGGGAUAACUUCUCCUCCCAAAACCUGCCUCAACUGCUCGAAUGUUGAGAGUCAAGACUUUUUAUUUUUAUUUUUGCCACAUCACAUUUAUGCUCAGACAUGGAGCUGUGGGCUUUUUUUUUGGGGGGGGGGGCCUUGCUAUAUGCGAGGUAAAACAAAUGACAUAUAAUGGCAUUUGCAGUUGAAAUUUUUGUUUCAUUCUGUUGCUGUUGUUACAUCUCUCGUUGAAAUGAAUUAACUUGCUCGAUUAGAAAUAAACUGAUUCAAUGGGUUGAGUGAA